GGUGACGUAAAAGAACGCGUGCGCAGUAGAAGCAUCACGAGCCCUUUUCUGUCGGUGGUCGCGGCCUUUGCGGAGGUGUCUCCCUGUGUUCCCGAAGACCGACGUGAGGACUCUACCUAGGCUGUCACCAUGGCGAUGCAAGCGGCUAAACGCGCGAAUAUUCGUCUGCCUCCUGAAGUCAACCGAAUUUUAUACAUCAGAAAUUUGCCAUAUAAAAUCACAGCGGAAGAAAUGUAUGAUAUUUUUGGAAAAUACGGACCUAUUCGACAAAUCAGAGUAGGAAAUACUCCCGAGACUAGAGGAACAGCUUACGUUGUCUAUGAAGAUAUCUUUGAUGCCAAAAAUGCUUGUGAUCAUCUGUCAGGAUUCAACGUGUGCAACAGAUAUCUUGUGGUCUUGUACUAUAACGCAAACAGGGCAUUCCAAAAAAUGGAUACAAAGAAAAAGGAAGAACAGCUGAAACUCCUGAAGGAGAAAUAUGGAAUAAACACAGAUCCGCCAAAAUAAAACCCUCGGCCUUUGUGAGGGACCUGGGUAUAUGGACAAAGUUAUCCUUUGUUAUUUUCUGGACAAAAACUUCCCCACAAAUAUGUGUGUCUGCUUUAAAGCACUGCAGUCUUUAGUGCUUAAUUUUCUUUUACACAGAACACAAGACAUGAUGAUCCCAGAGGAAUUUAUAAUUAGCACGUUAACUCCAGUAUGUUUUUCUGGUUGGCAUUUCAGUAUGAAGAUUCACCAAGGCAUUUCAUUUGAUGAAAUUCCCUGCAAAUCAGAGGUUUAUACAAAGGUGUUAUGUGUCGUGAAUACACCAAUUAACUGUUAUGAGACAAGGAAACAUUUUUUUAAAUUGUGUUAAAUGUCAUAAGAGCAUAUACAUAUAGGCUGACUGCUGGCUGUUCCCCGCCCUCGCCCCACUCUGGUGUGAAAAGUUGCCCCAGAAGUGCUCUCGCUUUCCCCACAGAAAGCAAGAAGCACGUUCGGGGCAAGAGGAAGCGCGUCAGGUCAAGAUGUCUUGCCCCAACAUGCUUCCGGUCCCACUGCACACCCCAGCACCAGGAGGUAAUCAGCCAUAUUCUUCAAGUUUGUGUUAGGUUUCUGUCAGAAGGGUAUCUGAAUACUUUCCUUGACCAGAACGCUUUGUAUUACCUUGAGUGAUUCAAACAGGAUGAGCUUACGUGGGUAUGGAAUGAGAUGUGGGGAGGGGCCCCUGUUCCUCUCAUGUCCACUCUUGCUGGUAAAGUACAGCUUAAUGAUGCUUCCCCUGCAGCUGAGGUUGCCAUCUUCCAACCGGCUCAAAACUGUUGUAUUUUUAAGAUAGGCUGUAGCUGACAGGAGCCAGGUGCCUGUACUUCUUUCCAUAAUAAGUCUGGCAAAGUGGACCACCCAAGCAGGCUAAAACUGCCCGAUACUUCCAUUGCAGGCUGUACAGAUAGAGGAGCGCCAAGAUGGGACCAUCAUUAUAGCUGUUCUUGAUUAAGACAGGUUUGGUUAGUCUGUUUGCUUUUCUCACGUGGAAGCCCAGUUCAUUUGGGGCUAAGGAUUUGUUUUCCGCUUCUGUAUACCACCUUCCUUUUUAUUUGCUAAUUUUGUCAUGAACUUGUAAUUAAAAUUGAUUAUGUGGUCCUGA